GUGUCGUCGUCGUUCGCUUAUAUUCGUGGUUAUCGGUCAUUUAAACGUGUACCGGUCUGUUCUUUUGGUCUUUACACCUGUUACAUUGUUUGCAAUGUCUUCAGACGCAGAUGGAAAAUAUGUUUCUGUAGAUUUUGAAGUAUUCGGGAAUGUUCAGGGUGUUUGCUUCAGAAUGUAUACUGAGGAAGAGGGGAAGAAACUGGGAGUGACUGGUUGGGUAAAAAACACUAGACAGGGUACUGUGAUUGGACAAGUGCAAGGACCUCCUGACAAAGUUAUAGAAAUGAAGUACUGGCUUAGCAAGGUUGGCAGUCCCAGCUCUCGAAUCCACCGCGCUCAGUUCACCAACGAGAGAAACAUAGCCAACCUGGAGAUUCACGGAUUUGGCACUCGCUACUGAAACCCUCCCAGUUUGUUCAGACACUUUGAGCUUUAGUCUAGACUGACAAAGAACUCAAACACUUGCUAACCAGCUAGUUCAGUAUAACUUGGAAUGACACUUAACAAGAAACAAAGCCUUAAAGGAAUAGUUCACGGAAAAAUGAAAGUUCUGUCAUUAUUUACUCUCCCUCAUGUUGUUCCAAAACUAUAUGACGUUCUUUCUUCUAUGAACCACUUUUAUUAUACUUCUAUGGCGCCUCGGCAUCCUUUUUAAUCAGCCUGAUCUCAUUAAAUAACAUAACAAUAAUUUUUUUAAUGAUAUUACGUGGUUGCUUACACGUAUUGCUGCAGUUCUGAGGUGCAGUGUCCACUGUGAGGUGCUAAAAGCGAGUUAAAUGUUCUCCCAAACAGAUUCAGUUUUUAAAGGCCCUCUCCAGUCACUGGUGUAACCCCUAAAAACUCAUCUUUGUUAAUCAAAAUGACAUAUUUAAAAAAAAAAAAAAUUCCAUGAAAAUAAUCCCUUCAUGCCUUAAAAUGGCUUAUAUAUAACUCUACACCUUUGCCUCAUAUAGCAUGCGUGGAUCUAAUAUGCAAAUUAGUCCCCGCCUCAUCUCCACUCACCGCUGCACCACUCGCCUGCAGCUCGGGCUCGCUGUGUCCCCAGGAUUAAUUGAUGGAACCGCAUUGGGCUUCAAUAUAAGUUUAGUGGCGAAACUCAUCUGUUUUUGGUAAAAUUUUGAAAACAGCUCUCUGAAAAAUGACAACUGCAAACCCGAGUUUUCUCUGAAAGUUUUGCUGGGACAUUACGAUUUUUCCAAAUAAACUGCACCCAUUUAUCUAGGAUUUUCAGAUCCUUUGGUAAUACACGAAGGCUCACCAUUUGUCCUUUCGCAACUUUGCAUCCGAAAACAGAACAUGUCUUGCAAAAUACGUAGCUACACUUGGCUUCUUCUGAUACCCGUUGCUUCGCCAUAGCGUAUCCUAUUGAUAUGGAAAGCCCCACCCCGCAAAUUGACGGGAUUGGUUCCUUAGGUUUGUGACAUAUGAAACCCUGGCUGCCUGAAUCCGUGUUUUUGAGACUGUUUUUGGAAGACUAAAGUUCCAAAGCGAAAAUGCUCAGCCAUGGCAUUGACUGCUGAUUUCACUCAUGGUAUGACUUCUUGCAUAUAAAAAACAUCAUAUGGACAUGUAAACAAGGUUAAAAACUUGACUUUAAGGUUAAUGCUCUAUCAAGUUUUAAUUCAACAAAACUGACCUCCCUACCCUAAACUUAACCGAUAGUGUCGGAAAUGCACUUUUAUGACACUUUUGGCUCAUGUGUGGACUUGUGUGCUCUUCAGGACUCGUACCCCAGUCCUUUACAUCACAAGUGCAAUGCUCUAUCAGUUGAGCUACUGCGCAAUUUGAUCAUGCUCGAACAAGCUUGUAAAUGUAGUUUAUUAUGUAAUAAAACGUUAAAAUAACUCAUGCGCUUUAGUAAAAGUGUUUAGAUGUCAUAAGAUAGUAUUGUGUGAAAAACAGUGUUUACGAACUGAUAAUCUGCCGUUUUACUCUUGAUUUGUUUGAAAGUGAAUAAAAGUUGUUGUUUUAGCACCUCUUGUGUUCAUUUCACCAGGAAACUGCCGUGAUACGUAAAAGCCACUUAAAAAUUAUUUUGCAAAAAUGGUGGUAUGGUAACGCGAUUCUACGAGACCAGGUUGUUUUUCAUGCUUGAAAGUAGUUUUUUUUGUGUGUGUGUGUGUGUUCCACAGAAGAAAGAAAGUCAUGCAGAUUUAGAACAGUUUGUGAGUAAAAGAUGAAGGAAUUUUUAGUAUCACUUUACAAUAAAGUUCCAUUGGUUAACAUCAGUUAAUGCACUAUGAACUAACAAUGAACAAUAUUUUUUAGGGCUGUCGAUUUAACGUGUUAAUUCGGUGCGAUUAAUUACAUAAAAAAUAAUGUGUUAAAAAAAUGUUAUGCAAUUAAUCGUGUCCCCGGACCGUAAUAAGGAAUAUUCCUUAUAUCUGAGCAAUUCAAGCUUGUAGUACCAUCUGUUUUCUGCCAGGGGCAGUAAGCAAAACUCCAGACAGAGAACAAACCACACUUAGGUGGGCAGACAACACAAGAUGAGAACACGUUCUUGCAUUCAAACACAGCUUGAUGGAGUGCAAAUAUGGACGCAGGGAUCUCAAGACUUGUUUUUCUAAGUUUCAAAGUUCGUUUAACUUGACACAGUGAGCUGAAAACGGUACAUUUAUGACUCAACACAACCGAGACACUCCAAAAGCGUCUGUCUGAUGCAGGUGUACAUUGACGUGCCCUUAAACAAACCUUAUAAUAAAUCUCAGACUGAUUGAUGAAUUCAAUUGAAAAAUGGAUUGCCGUGAACUGUACACCAAUGAUUGGCUUAUGUUCAAUAAUUAUGUCUUUUUAAUGUCUUUUUUAAUGCUUCACUUGUGUGCCAAAAUAAUGUGAUGCAUUUUAAGUUUCUGUAUUAUAAUAUUUUUUUAUAUAAUACAUUGUAUUUAUAAUUAUUUAAAUAUAACUAUUUAUAAUUAUUUAAUCAAUAUAUAUAUUGAAUUAUUGUUAAUUGAGGGACUUUCUCAGCAAAUAUUUAUGUAUGCGAUUAAUUCGAUUAACUAAUCGGCAUACCGUGUAAUUAUUUUGAUUAAAAAUUUUAAUCGAUUGACAGCCCUAAUAUUUUUUUAUUAACUAACAUUAACAAAGAUUAAUAAAUGCUGCAAAAAAAAUACAGUAUAUUGUUCAUUGUUAGUUCACGAUAUCUAAUGCAUUAACUAAUGAUAACAAAUGGAACCUUAUUGUAAAGUGUUGACGAAUUUUCAUUUUUGGAUGAACUAUCCCUAAACCCCUAAUUAUUUUAACUGUUUCUAUUUAUUAGCAUAUUUUUGUAUGAAUAAAUUGUAAGAUAUUAUAUAACUUCCAAACAAAACACAAGCAUGGAAGUGUUGCCAGUAUUCUUUAUUUGAACACCCAGUUGUAAUGCAUCUUAAUCCACAUAUUGUGUCCUCUAGCUAUGUUCAUAUCAGUUAUAGUGAUUUAAAAAAAAAAAAAGGUAUCAGACUAAUAAAACUUCAUCAGUACACAAAAUCAUUGAAUAGAUUGUUUUAUUACACAUUAUAUACAUUGUAAGAUUUAACAUUAUAUUAAACAGUUAAGACAGGUUUUCACUUAAUGGAUAAUUGACCAAUCACAGGCCUCCGUUGCAGUCAUCGUGCUUCUGUUUCCAUGGAAAACAUGCCCGCCCGCACAGAGCUCUCUUAAGGUGGUCUCUGUAAUGUGCCAUUAUUUUUAUAUCAGGGUAUCUGCAUCCAUAAAAGUGCACUCGCAAUUACAAUUUUAAAAUCCUUUUAAAGCAAUCAUAUCAUAAGUGCACCCUUAACGUCUUGCAGACUGUACAUAUUGCCCCAGAGAGACAAAUAUAGUCUUCUCAGAGUGUCCUUUUUCCCCCAUAAUGCAUCAUUCCUGAAAAUCUGCAUGUGCACUGAUUCAGGAGGCUGCAAUCCUCUUAGCUGACAGUUGCGAGAUUAGAUCAGAGGCUUACCGGAGGGUUAGUGUGCCUUUGAAUAGAUGUUACCCUUUCUCACUGACCUGGGAGCAGUGUACUGUACUGACAUCCCAGCCUUCACUGUUUUAAUAGAAGGGGACAAGCUGAACUUGAAUCAGUAUGAAAUUACAGUAUCUAUCAGUGCUGUGACCAUGACACCCAAAUGGGCCGUAAAGACCCCAGAGUCGGGCCUCUGAUGGAAUGUGCCGGGCUCUUUGUUUGGGAUCUCUCUCUCUGUGUCCCAAAAACAUUGUGUCAUAGCCGCAGCACUUGGGCAAAUGAGUCUGACGCGACAGCAGCACUUUCCCAUGCACUCAAAAAAAAAAAAAAAAAAACAGCUCUUUGGCUAUACUUGAUUCAGUCGUGGACAGUGAUUCCACAUGUUUGAAAUGAGUUUUCUUAACCCUCCUAUUGCGUUCAGAAACUGCAUACACCUUUUGCAUUCGCAUUCGUUGGAAUUCAAGCGUAUAAAUCAUUCAUAACCCAAAGGUUUUCAUCUAAAAAUAUAUAUUGUAUGUCAUUAAUAGGUUCUUAAAGGAUUAGUUGACUCAAAAAUGGAAAUUCUGUCAUUGUUUACUCACCCCUGUGUUGUUAUAACUCUAUAUGACUUUCUUUCUUUUUCUUAACACAAAGGGAGAAAUUGUGUAAAAAUGUUGUGCUCAGUGAUGUCAUACAAUGGCAGUUUAUGGUGACCACCUCUUCAAGCUUCAAAAGAACACAAAAGUAUAAUUCAGAAGUCUAAUAAAUUAUUCCAUGAGACACAUGAUUGUUAUGAAAGCAUAUGAUGAAAAACAAACCAAAAUGUAAUGUAUUAUUUAGUGAAAAUGUCCACUGACCGUUGAUCUCCUGUGCGCGUUCAUGAUAGGACAUGAAAGCAACAGUUCACGCAGACCCCUCGUGACAUUGGUGCGUUCAAGCGAAAACUCGUUUUGUUUUUCUAAAAACAGGUCCACCACAGCGAUAGUGACAACAGAACAAAUAAAUCUCCAGUUUCGCUUUCACAUUCUUUUUCUUGUGUUUUUGGUGAUUUGCAUUCUUUCGCCACCUACAGGGCAGGGAGGAGAAUUUAUAGUAAAAAAGGACUUAAGUAUUGAUCUGUUUUUCACCCACAACUGUUAUAUCGCUUCUUAAGACAUGAAUUUAACCACUGGAGUCUUAUGGAUUACUUUUAUGCUGCCUUUAUGUGCUUUUUGUUUUGGAGCUUCAAAGUUCUGGUCAUCAUUCACUUACAUUGUAUGGACCUACAGAGCUGAAAUAUUCUUCUAAAAAUCUUCAUUUGUGUUCUGCAGAAGAAAGAAAGUCAUCACAUCUGGGAUGGCAUGAGGGUGAGUAAAUAAUGAGAUAAUUUUCAUUUCUGGGUGAUCUAUCCCUUUAAUAUAUAUAGUUAUAAAAUAUAAUAAUAUUUUAAUAAACAAUAUAAUAUUAUUUAGAUAUUAUAUAUGUUUUUAUUCUGUUCAUGUCCCUAAUGAAUGAGCAUAUAAUCACAUUACAUGUCUGCUUGAAUAAAACAGGCAGCCAACAACAGACAAGCAGUGAAGGUUUUUCGUCUCAGUUAUGGAAAACUUUUCCAUAGUGAUCCUGGAAACUGGAAAGCACAUGUUCUUCAUCUUAUUAUAAAAGCACAUGCGAGUGAUGCAAAGCUGGCCUUUAUUCGGUCUUCACUUAUUAAAUAUAAGCACAUUUGUGACACUGUACAGACGGUCAGAUUUCUUGCUUCCAUUGAAGCACACAAGAUGCUCUUUAGAACAUUUUCAGAUUAUGCUGGAUAACAUUUUACAUGAUCAUCACGUUUUGUUCAUGCCAGCUCGAGUGCAUGCUGUCAUUUAAGCAAAAGGGGGACAUACAAAUGUUUUGACAUUCUGAAAUUCAUGUACAAAUUUUCACUCAUAUUGUCAUGCUAGUCGUAAACUUUGCAUCUAAAAUUACUAAUAGAUUUGGAUUAAAUUGACAAAGAAUCAAGAAUAGAAGCAUUUUCACUUGUGGUCUCUGUGGUAGGCUGUUUGCAUUGUACAAUAAAAAAAAGCUCUUUAAAUUGA